AUGGCCAGCUCUGACCAGCUGCUGCUGAAGAGAAAUAAAAGACAAACGACACUGCAAGGCAAAGGGGAAAGGGACAACGGGACAUCAUCCACGGAUUUUGUGCUGCUGGGAAUACGUGAUGUCCCCAUGCUCCAGAACCUGCUCUUCCUCCUCUUGCUUAUGAUCUACUCAGUCACCAUGGUUGGGAACAUCCUCAUCGUUGUGCUGGUGGUGGCUGACCAGCAUCUGCACACCCCCAUGUACUUCUUCCUGGGCAAUCUGUCUUCCUUGGAGACCUGCUACAGCUCCACCAUCCUGCCCCAGCUGCUGGCCAGCUUCCUGACUGGGGACAGCAGCAUCUCUGCUCAGUUCUACUUCUUUGCUUCCUUUGCGACUACUGAGUGUUACCUGCUGACGGCCAUGUCCUACGAUCGGUAUUUGCCCAUAUGCCAGCCCUUGCUCUAUGCAAGCCUCAUGACCUGGAAGGUCUCUCUACACCUGGCAGCUGCAUCUUGGCUGGGGGGUUCACUGCUGCUGGUGGUAGUCACAGUCUUGUUAUCGCAAUUGCAGUUCUGUGGCCCCAAGGCCAUUGACCACUUCUUCUGUGAUUUAACACCAUUGCUGGAGCUUGCCUGCAGCGACAUCAGAGCAAUCACAAUUGUUUCUUUCAUAUUUGGUAUCUUCGAUGUAGUUUUUCCCUUCCUGUUCACACUGGCCUCCUACAUUUGCAUCAUAGCUGCCAUCCUGAGGAUCCCAUCCAGCACUGGCAGGCAGAAGGCCUUCUCCACUUGCUCCUCUCACCUCACUCUUGUCACCAUUUUCUAUGGCACCCUUUUUGUUGUCUAUAUGCUGCCCAGAACAGCCCCCCUGAGACACUUCAACAAAGCUUUCUCCUUUUUCUACACUGUCCUCACACCCCUGGUCAAUCCCUUCAUCUACAGCCUGCGGAACAGGGAGGUCAGGGAGGCCAUCAGGAAGGUGCUCAGGAAAGCCCUGCCUUGCACCCAGAGCUCACGCUACCUUGGUGACACAGGCAAAAGACACUUCUAG